GGCCUCACGGCGGAGUUCGAUAUUCUCGCCACUAGCAGCGAUCGAACAGGGCGACCAUACGUGGCCAUGAUUCAAGGGAAGCGCCUACCCUUCUAUGCGGUCCAGUUCCACCCUGAGAAGAUCAGAUAUGUCGAGAAUGGGCGCUACCGACACAAUAUUCCAAAGACUGACGAGGCACGUUGCGUGGCGGACGACCUGGCGGAGUUCUUCGCGUCCGAGCUGCAGAAGGGUGCACCCUGCCUGUGUCAUAGAGGAGGGGAAGAAGCAGUGCUGGGUGCACGAGGAUCACUCGGGGAGGCGCUGCACCGCACCGUAGGAGCUUUUAGGUGCGCGGCGUCUCGAUCAGCACGGUUGCUGGCCAGCAGCCAGACCGCACGCGAGGCGGGCCGCGCGUGAUCUUGUCACCUGCCUGCACCUCUGGUGCACAAUGGCGGCCGGGCCGAGAGCGCGAGAGAGCGAGUGCUCUGGAGUCAGCUCCUCACACUGAAAGAGCGAGUGCUCUGGCCGGGCUGCGGCAGCUCCAGCUCCUCGUCUUGUUGUGCGCCGACCUUCCCCUGCCGACUCUGACCAGCGGCCCUUGGUCCCGGCAGUAGCGGCGUCUCGAGACCGAGCUGAGCUGGGGCUCGAAAGCGCGCGUGUUCAGGGGUGGUUCCGCCGUGCGUGUUCGCGUUCGCCCAUCUGUCGGGGCUCUACGUCUCAAUGUUGGUAACAAUGCUGUGCAGCUGCGCGCUUGAAUCGUG